GAUUUUUCUAGGUUAUGUUAUUGUUAUUGUCUGAGUCGGAUUCAAUUAAGAAAAGUUUCAUAAUCAUUUGAUUAAAGGAUAAAUCUGAAUUUUCAGCGUCUAACCGCCCUGUAGUCAUUACGUGGAAUCAAAGUCAAUCAAAUCGUAUAUUGUUCUAUGUCAUUGAAUCGCUUAAAUUCGAGCAUGUCGCUAAAUGUCACUCGAAGGUGACAAUGCUGCCGAAGUCUGGCUGAAAGUUGUAUCGAAAAACAGGAAACGAAGGAAGACACCUGUAUUUUCUUGUUCAGGAGAAGGUUCAAUUGAUGCCCAUCAGCAUUCAGCUGCUUAUAUAGAAAAGAGAGUAAUUGAAGCGGAAAAGGAGGUUGAACACUCAGUGUUUUAUUCCUCAUUUCUGAACUCUUUGAAUUUGAGCCUAAAUGAAGUAGGUAGUACCAUCCAAGUUAUUCUGUGUUAUGGAAUUGGGAGUAUCGCUGCAAGUGUCACAAGCCGGUUUCAAUUAGCGCUAGUACUACUUCUAAAAAAGAGGUUCCAGGCAAACGUUUCUGUUUACGACCCAAUAUUUUCUGAUCUUGAUAAAGUAUUGUUGAAUAAAUUUGAUCUACACGUCAUCGCUGGACCCGAUAAUGUAAAACCGGAGGUUAAUGCUGAAACUCUGGUAAUAUUUCCACAUGUGCCCAAAGAACUCAUUGAGAACUUUCUUCAAGUCAAUUGGCAAAGAAAUUUGUCAAAGUGUUACCUCCUUUGCAACAGUUUCUCAAAAAUUAGAGAAGAUAAUCUUGACUUGAUAUUGCAGAAGAAUUACUACCACCUUUAUCAAGCCUUUAACUUUCAUUCUGAAUAUAGAAUUUCAAACAAUUUCCGAUUCAAAGACGUAUUCAACGAUCUAUCAAUUCACAUUUUUUCAACAGUUUGAAGUUAGGUUUAAUAAAUUUCAAACGUUUUAUCAAACUCUUGUUUAAAUAUCUGUUUAAGUUAACUUUUUCUAAAUUUGAACAUAGACCUAUCUUCAGACAGAGGUCAGCCUACCAUUACUAACUUUGCUAUAAGAUAGGCAUCAAUCAUUUGCAAAAAGAGCUAAUCAAGUAACUUUUUGAUCAAUGUACUACCAUUCCUAGAAUCCAAAGGUUACCUGUGAUUCAUUGGUAACUGUACUUCAAUAAAAGUAAUCAGGUCCUACUGUGGUGCUACGUUUGCAGCUAUGGCAGAAAAGAUAUUACUCACAGCUGGGCUACGUAGUUUGUUAGCUGAAAUCAGGCAUGCAACUUCUGAAGUCAAGCGAAAAGACUCUUCGAUUUAUAAGUACAUAAUGAGCCAAUACAGAAAGUACCAAAUUACAGAUUUGCAGCAUUGUAAGGCGCAAGAAGAAAUGCAAUUUUUGGCACAGACUUAUUCUUGUUAUCUAAAAAGCGUUCGCAAACAAAAUGAGUUGCACGAGCUGUAUCGAGGCAAAGGAGAAAUGUCAAUCGGAGAGACUGCCAAUUUAGUUGGAUUUAAACUUCCGCACGAUCCAAAGUAAAGCUAUUGUUGAUGGGAAGAAUUUUCACUCUUUUUUUUUCUUGAGCAGACGUUCAAGUUUCUUAUUAUAUUUGUAAAAUUUGAAUCUUGUUAGAAAUAAAUACCAUGUUAAUAGCAAUUGUUCUGAUGUUACUUAUUAAUACUUAGCAUGAGAUAAUCUCUAAAAAUAUGGCUUGAAAACGGUAGCAGGAUAUUGAAAUAGUGGUAGAUCCACACUAUUCUGCAAGGGAAUCAAAGUCAAGUAAGCAACAAAUGCUUCCUAGUGAAAAUUAAAGUUCAUUUCACAAUAGUGGUCAUUACAUGAGCAGGAAUCAAUUCUGGAUGUUGAAAACCCGGGCUCUUGGGGUAAAAUUGUCUCAAAACGUAAACAACAUUUUUCUAGAAAUCGUGGUGUUCCCCUCUCAAACUUGUGGAUGCUCUAGAAUAGUUAUUUAUUGGAAUUUUUUAGUGUUUUGUUGGUGGCAAACGAUUAAAAAUUAACUCUUUUAAGCCAAAAUAAAGUUAUCUUGCUUUUUA